AUGAGUGUGGAGGAGGAGCUGCAGCUGCAGGAGUGGCUGCUGCAGCACUUGGACUCCCAGCCGCUGCAGGGGGAGCAGCCUCCCCACUCUGCGCCUGCUGCCCAGCAGCAACAGCAGCAGCAGCAGCAGCAGGAACAACAAGCUUGGGAACUGCAGGCAGGAGAGGAAGACGGCCCUGAACAAGGACCUCAGGCGCUUCAGCAGAACCCUCCGUCGCAACAGCAGCAGCAGCCUCUUGAAGAGCAGCAGCAGCAGCAGCAGCAGUUGCAGCAGCCGGAAAAGCAUCAGAAUCCUAACAAGAAGAACAAGCAGCAGCAGCAGCAGCAGCAGGGCCAAAGACCGCAUGCGAAUAGCGCAGAACGCCGUUCUCCGCGUUCUGUGCUGCUGCAGCGGCUACAAAGCCACUUGCACUUCAUUACUCAGUUACAGUCCGUGCAGCAGCAGCAGAAGCAGCAAAAGCGGCAGCAGCAAGAGCAGCAGCAAGAGCAGCAGCAAGAGCAGCAGCUUCAAGACACACAUAAAGCUGAGCUGCUGAAGCACUCCAGACCCUCCCCACAGAAGCAGCAGCAGAGUGCAGCGCGGGAGACCUCAGAGCCACAAAAGGUCGAAGCUGCGCUGCAACCGCAGCAGCAGCAGCAGCAGCAGCAGAAAGAUCAUCAGCAGCAGACGUGCUUGAAACCUGCCGUUGGUGCUGCUGCUCCUGCUGCUGACCCUGGGAGCUUGUGGGAGGCCUUGCUGGUUGAAAACGAGAAGGAGGCCUCUGCUGCUGUUGCUGCUGCUGCUGCUACUGCUGCUGCUGCUCGUCGCAGGUCUUUGCCCUCCUGCCAGCCAAGUGCUGCUCGCGCUGCGGCAGCAACAGCAGCAGCAGCAGCAGCAGCAGCAGCAAAAACACCGAAAGCAGCAAAGCCGCCUCUCCCGCGAGCUCGCAGCGGCGACACGCAUAGCGUGCGCCAGCAGCAAACACGUGUUGCUGCUGCUGCUGCUGUACGAGGACCUGAUGCAGCAGCAGCUGCUGCUGCAGCUGGUCUUCCUAACUCUGCUUCUCGAAAGAAUGAAGGACGCGGCCUUGCUCGUAGCUGCAGCAACUGCAGCAGCACCCGAAGCAGCAGCGUGCACUGCAGCAGCAGCACCAGCAAAACUGCGCCUUGCAGGGGCCUGUCCGCUGCAAAACGAAGCUCAGAAAUUAGGGCCGCGGCUGCUGCUGCUGCUGGUGCUACCUGUGUUGCUGCUGCUGCUCGCGCUGCUGCGACUCGCGCUGCUGCUAGUCGCGCUGCUGCGACGCGCAAAAGUUCUAAGUCCCACACGCAGAAACUAACAGCAACAGCAGCUGCUGCUGCUGCAACAACUGCAGCAGCAACGGCAGAAGCAGCAGCAGAACUCGAGGCGUCGGCACUAACAACACCUGCCACAAGAGCUACAACCCCUGCAACAACACCUGUGGGACCGCGGGCAACAAAAGCAGCAGCAGCAGCAGCUGCUGCUGCUGCUGCAGCAGGCCCGCCGAUGCCCCUUUGCUGGAAGCGAAUGCAACAGCAACAGCCAGCAGCAGCGGUGGCAGCAGCAAAAGCGACAGCAGCAGCACUUUCUACUAGUCAGCAUUCUGCUGCCUGCACCACCCAGCGGCUGCAGCGGAAACAGAGGAUGCUGUGCAAGCAGCAGCAGCAGCAGAUGCAGCAGCAGCAGCAAAAGCAACAGCAUCUUCAUGAGCACCAUCAGCGGAAACAGCAGCAGCAGCAACAGGGCCGCGCAAUUUCCCGCUGCUGCUGCACGAUUUGCUGCGAAGUGACGACAGCAAGCGACUGGGCCUUUGCUGCAGGGCGGCAGCAGCAUUCUGCAGGCAGCGCCUGCAGCAACCAGCGGCAGCAGCAGCAGCAGCAGCAGCAGGCGAAAAAGGCAACGGCAGAGGCAGCCAGGCCCAUUGCAGUUGCUGCAGGCGCUGCAGCAGUAGCAGCAGCCCGAGGCCGCUGUGGCUGCUGCUGCUUGACCGGUUCUUCUGCUGUUCCAGUUCCCUUUCACGCUGCUGCUGCUGCUGACGCUGCUGCUGCUGCUGCUGCUGACGCUGCUGCUGCUGCUGCUGACGCUGCUGCUGCUGCUGAGCAUGCAUCCCAUGCAGACUGCAGCGUCUCUGCCGGCUCGCUGAGAAGCAUAGAGGAGGCAACUCCUUCCCAUUCACGAAGCUUUCAAGAGGGGCAGGCCGCAGCAACAAACAGCAGCAGCAGCGCCUGCAGCAGCAGCAGCAGCAGCGCCCACUGCACAAGCAGCUCCAGGCGACCGCGUGCCGCUUCAGCAGCAGCAAAACUUGGGCCUUUGCUGCUGCGUCAGGGUUUGCAGCAGCGCUUACAAGAGCAGCAGCAGCAGCAGCAGCAGCAGCAGCACUUGCAGCAAAUUCUGCAGCCUCAACUGCAGUCGCAGCUGCAGCAGCAGCAACUGAUGGAGCAGCGGCACUUGCAGCGGCAGCACUGCGCCCAGGAGGAGGAGCAGCAGCAGCACCAGGAGGUGCAGCAGCAAGCAGCAAGUGCAGCGCGACGGCUCACCUGCUACUCGCACACGCCAUGGCAAGAGUUCUUGCAGCAGCAGCAGCAGCAGCAGCAACUUCUGCAACACGAACAGCAGCAACAGCCGCAGCAGCAGCAGCAGCAACCGGUUUCGCCAUGGUUUUUCGAAAAGCAGCAGCGGCAGAUGCUUCUGCACCAAGGCCACGCACUUGCGCAGCAGCAGCACUUGUGCUCGCUGGGUCCGGGCCUGCAGCAGCAGGGUGGACUGCAGCGGGUGCAGCAGAAGCUGCAGCAGCAGCAUCAGCAAAUGCAGCAGCAAGUGCAGCAGCAAGUGCAGCAUGAACAGGUCAUCUGCCAGCAACAUGGCUGCUGCGCUGCACAUAAGGCAGCUUUUGGAUCUGUACAAAGCAGCACAGCUGUUUCUUAUAUGCCGGCGGAUCAGUAUAAGGAGCAGCAAAUGAGGCUGCAGCAGCAGCAGCUGCAGCAGCAGCAGCAGCAGCAGCAAAUGCCGCAAGAGCAGCAGCUCCAGGUGCAGCCGCACCGUUGCUGCACCCGAAUCUAUCGGGUGCCCCCUGUGGCUUGUAGUUCUGAUGAAAUACAGCAGCAGCUGCUGCAGCAACAGCAGCUGCAGCAAACGCAGCAGCUUCCUGUGCAGCAUCCCCGCUGCUGCAGCACUACGUGCAGAGCAUCUCCUGCGCGCAAUGUGGAUGAGUCUCAGCAGCAGCAGCAGCACUGCCAGCAGCAGCAGCAGCAGCAGCAGCAGCAACCGAAGGUAUGCGUUGCUGCCUCCGGCGCUCCACAGUACUCUGUGCCUUCAAAGCCGCGGCAGCGGCAGCAGCAGCAGCAGCGACAGCAGCAGCAGCAGCAGGAACAGUGCGUGUGGGAGCCGCAGCAGCCUUCCUCCGGGCUUGCAGAUUCAUCAGCUGGCACUCCAGCCCUGCUGACGCUGCUGCAGCAAAUACAUGCGGGGCAGCAGCACCUGCAGCAGCAGCUGCUGAAGGAAAAAGAGCCACUUGAGUCAGGGGGCCACAUAGCUGGCAGCUGCAGCGCCGUGUCAGUAGAGCCGCUGCUGCCAGCUGCUGCUGCAGUGGACCAAACCACUGGUAUACAUGCUGAUGGCGUUGCGGUCACCCAGCUGCAGCAGCAGCAGCAGCAGCAAGUGCAGCACCAAAUGGUGCAAGCGUGGGAGGCCAAAGGAGCGCCAGAAAUGCACUGGUGCCACUGGGAAGAAGGUCAGCAGCGCGUGCUGCAGCAGCAGCAGCCAGGAGUUAUGCGACUGCUGCAGGUGGCAGCAGCAGGCAGCCGUCAACUCAGGGAAACAAUUGUGGGAGAUGCUGUUCUUUGA